AUGGAGUCAAUAAAUAGUAUUAAAGUCUUUAAAAUUUCAACUUUUUGUAAUCCAAAUGCUGCAAAUCAACUUUUUUGUUCAGACUUAUUUAUAAAUACUAUUCCAAAAAUGUUUUAUUUAUUAUCAAUUUGUAUAGAUGAUAGUUCAACUAGUAAAUUAAUCAUAAUUAAAGGUUGGAAUAUAAAAAUUUAAUUGAAGAUAAUUAAAUAUUUAAAUGAGAAAAAAUAAGAACUACUUACUUUCUCAUAUACAAAGAAAUCAAAGUAUAAUAAUUUUGUAUAUUUUUAGUUAUUUUAUUUUAGGUAAAAAUCUAAUGAGUUUACUGAUAUUAUAAUGCCUUAAUCGAAUUUUAAUUAUUUAAAGAAGAAUUUUAUUUAAUGA